AGUUUUGACCGAUGAAUCUAAAUCAGGACAAUGCAUUCUGUGCUCUCCGAUCAGCAUGGGGGCUCGGAAAGCGAUCUCGGGAAUGAUGGUCGGACCAAUAAGCCUAUGGAGGUGCCUCGAGCCCCCCCCACCCCGGGUUCCGGAACCUAUCGUUUGAAUUAGCCGAGUCAGACAGGGAGGGGGCGGGGAGUCCUCCCGCCCUCCUUAGGAGGGGCUGCAUUGCAGGGGGAGACCGAUCCGGCAGACUGAGUCACUGAAGUCCAGGGUGUGAGAAGACAAAGCCAUCAAAGCCCCAACGGCGUCCUUUUUCUCCAGCCCUGAGCAGAUCCUGAGACCCUGAAGUAUUCUCUCCAUCUUUGGAACGCGCUAGUAAUUCAUUGAUAACAGGAAGCUAUGAGGGACCCCGUGAGUAGCCAGUACAGCUCCUUUCUUUUCUGGAGAAUGCCCAUUCCAGAACUGGAUCUGUCUGAGCUGGAAGACCUGGGUCUGUCUGAUACACCCACCCACAAGAGCAAGGACAGCAGCGCUGGCAAAAUGACUGGGAAAGCGACCGGAGCAGAGCAGGAGAAAAACCCUGAAGGUGACAUCCUCCUUGAGUACAGCACCUUCAACUUCUGGAGAGCUCCCAUUGCUAGCGUCCACUCCUUUGAACUGGACUUGCUCUAAGGCCGAGACUUCUCCCACCACCUUGUCCUCAUUGUCUUCCCUUUCCACCUCCUUCCUUCCAUCCCUUACCAUUUUAAUCUUGUUCUCUUGCCUGUAGUGUUGGUGGUGCUGAUGAAUCUGCCUGCUGAGUUGUAUUUAUUUAUUUAUUU